UUGGUGAAUGCGCCUAUCGCGUGAAAGUUGAACGUAACCCGGUACUGGUUCGGUCAAAAAAAUUAAACUUGACAGUUUUCUUUUUGAAAGUGACACCAGCAUCAAAAUGUCGCUCGUAAUACCAGAGAAGUUCCAGCAUAUUCUUCGUAUCAUGAGUACGAAUAUCGACGGUAAAAGGAAGGUUAUGUUUUCAUUAACCGCCAUCAAGGGAGUGGGUCGAAGGUACGCAAAUAUCGUACUAAAGAAGGCAGAUGUAGACUUAGACAAACGUGCUGGGGAAUGUACUGAGGAGGAGGUAGAGAAAAUUGUUACAAUUAUGUCCAAUCCUCGUCAAUAUAAAAUUCCCGACUGGUUCCUUAAUAGACAAAAGGACAUUGUCGAUGGAAAAUACAAUCAGUUGAUGUCUUCAUACCUUGAUUCGAAAUUGCGUGAAGAUUUGGAAAGAAUGAAGAAAAUCCGUGCGCAUAGAGGUAUGCGUCAUUACUGGGGUUUACGUGUCCGUGGUCAACACACGAAGACCACUGGACGUCGUGGACGUACUGUUGGUGUAUCUAAGAAGAAGUAAACCUUUCAUUCUGUAUUUUUACAUUAUUUAAUAAACUGUUAAAGUCAG